AUUAAAAGCUUCUUAUUACUUUCUACUUCAUUCAACAUGUGCGGCAUCUCAGCACUCAUUCUGGCCGACCAAAACGGAGCAGCCUGUGCAGACCUCUUUGAGAGUCUGGGUCUGUUGCAGCACCGUGGUCAGGACGCUGCUGGCAUUGUUACCUGUGGUCCUAAAGGUCGUCUCUUCCAAUGUAAAGGAAAUGGAAUGGUGAGAGAUGUAUUUGACGAGAAGCAGCUAUCUCGUUUGUUUGGUAGUCUCGGCAUUGGCCAUGUACGCUACCCUACUGCGGGAUCAUCUUCCAUGUCGGAGGCCCAGCCUUUUUACGUCAAUUCUCCCUAUGGGCUUGUAUUAGCUCAUAAUGGCAAUCUGACCAAUGCAAGAGAGCUUCGUGAAUUUCUGGACAAGAUUGCCCAUCGCCAUAUCAACACCGAUUCCGACUCCGAAUUGUGCCUCAAUAUUCUUGCCGACAACCUUCAGAAGACUGGCAAGUUCCGUAUUAACCAUGAAGAUAUCUUUACUGCUAUUCGUGAUCUCUACCAGCAAUGCAAGGGCAGUUAUGCCUGUGUAGCUAUGAUUGCUGGCUAUGGUAUUAUUGGUUUCCGCGAUCCUCACGGUAUCCGCCCCUUGGUUCUUGGCCGUCGCUCUACUUAUGCUGGUUACGAUUAUAUGCUUGCCUCUGAAAGUGUUGCUCUGGAGGCACUUGGUUUUACUGACAUUGAAGAUGUCAACGCCGGCGAGGCAAUUAUAAUCACCCGUGGAAAGGUCCUUCGCCGACGCCUUGUUGAAGUGGAAAACUUGGCACCCUGUAUCUUUGAAUAUGUUUACUUUGCACGUCAAGAUAGCAUUAUUGACGGGAUCUCUGUUUACAAUUCCCGUUUGUCUAUGGGAGAGGCUCUUGCUGACCAAGUAAUCAAGACCUUGGGUCCCAAACUUGAUAUUGAUGUCGUUAUUCCUGUACCCGACACAAGUCGUGUAGCUGCUCUUGAGCUGUCAAAAAAGCUCAACAUCGACUACCGUGAAGGUUUUAACAAGAACCGUUAUGUCGGACGUACUUUCAUCAUGCCUGGACAACACACCCGUCGCAAGAAUGUCCGUCGUAAGCUGAAUGCCAUGGCCCUUGAAUUCAAUGGAAAGAAUGUAUUGUUGGUGGAUGAUUCAAUAGUACGUGGUACUACUUCCAAGGAGAUUAUUCAGAUGGCCCGUGAUGCUGGAGCCAAGAAGGUGUACUUUGCCUCAUGUGCACCCCCCAUUCGAUACCCCAAUGUCUAUGGUAUUGACAUGCCCACCCGCGACGAAUUGGUAGCCCACGGACGAAACGAUAACCAAAUUGCCGAAACUAUUGGUGCAGAUAAGGUCAUCUUCCAGGAUUUACAUGAUCUUAUCGAGUCCGUGCGCCGUUUCAACCCAGCCAUUCACACCUUUGACACUUCCGUAUUCGAUGGCCAUUAUGUGACGGGUGAUAUUGACGAAGAAUAUCUCUCACAUCUUGAAGGUUUCCGUAAUGAAGACUCAAAAUCAAAGGCUGAUACCGACAGCGAUUGUGUUGGUCUCCACAACAACUUUGUUAUGCCUUAGAAAAACCUCCACUUCCAUAUUCUUCCUUACUUCAACCAUAACCUUUUUAUACAAAACCCUUUUAGCAUUUUGGGUUCAAAUUGCACACUAGAAACAGAACAAAUAUACAUCUUUAUUAUAUAUAUAUAUAUAUACAUACACACACAUGAUUGAUAUGAGUACCCGUAUAUUCACUUUUGAUUCUUUUUUAAAAAUAUAUACAACUUGUAAAUAUGUGUGCUUAUCAGC